UGCGUGCCCGUUGUAUGAAUCAUAUUGCAAAGUAAGCUGUUUGUGGUUUGCUGUCGCUUGUUUAUUCGUUUAUAAAUAAAUAAAUAAUUAAAUGUGCUGAGUAAUCAAACGCCAUUCAAGUUUUGAGUGGUCCAGAAUGGAUCCAUUACAUGUGGACCUUCUAACACAAACUUUAAACUUUCAUGGACAGCAGUUACAAAAGGUUUGGGAAGCAGAGCGCGGAGAGCAAGAUUUAAUUAAACACAACAUUAAGGACCUUAAUUUCCAAAUUUACGGUCAGAGGCAGAAGUAUCUAUCUUUCCAAGAUCGCGGAAAACGGUUAAAGUUGCAACAAUUUAUCGUUAAGAAGGCGAACCAGCUAUACGCGCCAGAUUUACUACAUCGUAACACGGCGGAACCGAAUCCGGUAACCGAAGACAUGCACGCGAUUAUGCCCCCUUUCGAGACGUACAUUAACGUCGACAAGCCUAGCCGAUUGAAAUACUUCUUUGAGACGGUACGAAUUGGUAGUUUGAUUUUGGGUACGAUCGUCAGCAAGACUCAGUCGGGAAUGAUGUUGAAAGUCUUGUGUACAGUCGGAAUGGAUGCGUCUGUGCAUUAUGUUGCCGACAUUAAUGUGAAGGCCUUCUGCCCGGUUGCGAACGUUAUCCCAGCCGUUGAUCGCAAAGGCGUAACUCGCAGUUACAUGAUGAAUGAUUCGGUGUGUUGCGAGGUGUUAGAGGUUAUUCCCGAUACUGAUAAAAUGGUGUGUGGAAUGAAGGGAACCACACGACAACCGAACGAUCCCGAGCAUCGUCCUGCACUUGGUCUUAUUGGUGCGGAUGAUUUUCCCCUCGUUUACAAAAAAGCAUUGGAACACAAAGGCGAAAGUUACGAUGCCGUUUUGGAGAAGAGUGUUGGUUUCAACAACCCAAAUAAUAUCUCGUACUUAUCCGAAUUAAUGGGAAUUAAUUCGCAGAUGUCCUUCAUGUCUGGCCUUGCGGGUCGAUUUCCCGAACCGGAAUAUUCUCACGAGUUAAGACAAGUGCAAGCAAGUAAGUGGGCAUACCGCAAUGUGGCGGAUGGCAUAGAUCAUUUCAAAGCCGGAAAACACACUGAAGCAUUUCAAUGCCUCAAUAAGGCUUUAAGCAUUGACCCGAGGAACGUGGAGGGUCUAGUCGCACGAGGGGCGUUGUACGCGAACAGCGGAAAUUUUCAGAAAGCUAUCGAGGAUUUUGAGACCGCUCUGAAAUUGAAUCCCAGCCACGCGAAUGCCCGUAAGUACAUGGGCGAGACGCUUAUCGCGCUUGGUCGAAGCUACGAGGAAGAAAAUAAAGUCGAAGAAGCACGGAAGGCAUAUCAGAGCUGUUUGAGUAUUAUACCAUUUCACGAAGAAGCCCAGAAUUCGCUCGAAUUUUUGAAGAGCAAAUUGCAAAAUCCCAAAACCUUAAUCGAGCCUGGCGACUUAUUGCUACCGAAUUUAGGGUCCGUGGUGCCAUCCGCCGCAUCUGUGGCUUCCAAUCCGAAAUCUACCGAUGUUAAUGACACCCUGAAACAAUUACUGAAAAAUGAAGAGGAAGAUAAAAAAGAAAAGAAAAAGAAGAAGAAAACUAAGAAACGUAAGAAUAGGAGACGUUCUAGUUCAAGCUCAAGUUCUAGCUCAUCUGGCAGUAACGAAAGUUCUAGCAGUUCCUCUUCUAGUAGUAGUGACUCGAGCUCGAGCUCCGGGGACUCGGACUUCAAAAAACGCAAAAAGCAUAGAUCUCGCUCGCAUCGCCGCGAAAAGCAAAACUCAUUAUCGCCACUUAGCAAGCGCAUGGCAUUGAUGGACCCAACGCACGACACAAACGCCGCCUAUCAAUUUAACAAACCGGCGGCGUCCAGCUCGUUUGAUUUUGCUUUCGAGCAACCCCAAGAAGUGGUCAAAGCCGCACCCGAUGAGUACGAGCUUAAAGUGAAAGCAUUUCUCGAUCAGACUAAAGGCGACUCUGAUUAUGAGGAAAAGGUAAGGAAAUUUUUAGAGGAAUCCUCGCGCUGGAGAAAGGAAAAGAAAGGGGAAGAUGGUAAAAAGAAGAAGAAGAAAAAAGAUAAAAAAGCGAAGAAAGAGAGCAAAAAGAAACGCAAAGAAAAGAAGUUGAAGCGUAAGCAUUUCGAUUUUAGUGAACUGGAAGAUUUGGAAAACAAAAAGCUGAGGGAUGCACUUAAAAAAGAACUUGGACUUAAGGACAAACGUGGUAAACGCCAUGGCAAUUCUGAUGACGAAGAUUAUUUACUUCAAAAGGCCGGAUAUAGCAAACGGUUCUUGGAUAGUUUGCCUGAUUUGGACGAACUGGAAUCAAAGCUAAACGCCUACUAUGCACUUGAAAAGGAAUCCAAAAGAAUUGAGAGUUCGAAGAGAUCAAUGGGUUUGGAUUCGCCUUCUCCAACUCGUGAACAAAAAGCACGCCAGGCUGUAGCCGAAGCAACUGCGUCUGCAAACGCCAGCGGUGGCCCAACAAAAUGGAAAAUGCAAAUUGGUAAUGCGACAGCCGGCAGUUCGCGCUUUAAAAAGAAACCCGAAAGAGAAGAUUGGUCGGAGGAGCAAAUGCUCGACAAACGCAUAAGUAAAGAUAUGAUGGAAGAGUCGAGUAAAAAAUCUGCUACGCUUCCUCCGCCUCCUGAUAAAAGUGCGAACGUAAGAAAAGGAAUGGCAGUGAAGGAUGCGCCACCUCCUGCGAAAAAAGACGCGGACUUAUCCUCGAAAAAGGUUAAAAUGCCUCCAAUUAGCGUUCCUCAGCCUAAACCCUUGGUGCCACCUGGUCAGGUGGUUUUAGAUAAAUUUGGCAAUUUUAGAUUAUUGUCACCUAGAAUGCAGCCGGAUCGUUCUGAAGACCUGCCCCCUUUACCCCCUGGUGCGCCACCUAAAGAUUCAUUUUCAGGAAGCCGUAAACCUCCGGAGCCGCCAGGCAGGCCACGCUCGGGCAGUCGAUCCUCCAGAAGAAGUCGCUCUCGAUCACGUCGCAAAUAUAGCCGCUCAAGGUCGUCGAGUAUGUCGAGGUCGCGUUCGAGAAGCUACCGCAGUCGCUCCAGAUCGUAUUAUAGCAGGUCAAGGUCGCGUUCAGGCUCCUAUUACUCGCGUAGUAGAUCGCGGUCGCGUAGUUACUCUGGAGAACGACGCCGCUAUAGGCGCGGAGGAUUCCGAGGUGGUCGCUAUGGCGAUAGGGGUACCUAUUACAAGCCGAGAUUGCCGCCGCGUGGUGGCAGCUACAACAGAGGCCGAGGCAAUUAUUACAGAGACUCGAGAGAUGGAUAUCGGGAUUACAGGGGACGCGGAAGACCUUACAACAACAGAGGGGGUAGAAGACCUCGUGGUCGUUUUGGUCGUGGCGGUUACCGGGACUACAGAGACCGCAGAUAUGAUAGAAGUCGCUCCAGGGAUCGAAGCAGGUCACUUAGCGGCAGUAGGGACCGCGAAUCAGUCGAUACCAUGCGUAAAGUGAACGCAGAAAAAGAUAAAAUAAAUAAGUAUUUGGAUAAUGACGGAGAGCCAAUUAGACACGAAGGUCCACUAUCAGAAGGCGAAGACAGAGACGAUUAUUCCACUGAGAAGUAUGUGGACAGAGACUCCUACGAUGGAAAAUGGGGUGAGAAGGGUGGAGACGGUGAGAAACACAAAGGUAUACCCAAUGAAACGAACUUGGAGGAGAUGGAUAAAUUUUUGGACAAAGCCAAAAAAGAUAAGAAAGAGGAAAUGUUGGAACGAAACAAAGAUUUUUUAAAAGAUAAAUCGUAAGUGUAGGUUAGACUAUUUUAUAGAGUCAAUUGAGUAGUUAUUGCACAUAAGUAAGUAUCUUGUUUGCCAGUUUAUAUAUUUGUAGAUUGUGAUCCAUUUUAUGUAAUGGAGUGCAUUUCAUGUGUAACAAAUUAUGUAAUUAUUACAUUAAAAAUUCAAAACAA